AUGCAGGUCGCUCGUGCUCGCGCUCAGCUCGGCCGAAGAAUCGCGCAGUCUAGGCCGUCUGCCCAGCUCGUCCACGCGAGAAUCCCAAGACGUCUGGCAUCCACCGAAGCCCAGUCUCAGCCCCUUGCCGCGCCAAUACCUCCCAAGCAAUCCCGCUGGCAGCGCGUCCUACAGGCUACCGGCCGCGUUACCCUCUUCACCGUCGUCCUCUCUGGAGGUCUCUUCUACUACGUCGCGCACAAGGACCGCACGCCCGGCCCCCAGCUGCCUCACGAUCCCAGCAAGAAGAACCUCGUCAUUCUCGGAAGCGGCUGGGGCGCGACCAGCUUGCUCAACUCGCUUGAAGCAGAGGACUACAAUGUCUUCGUCAUCAGCCCGCGUAACUACUUCCUGUUCACCCCGCUUCUCCCUAGUGUCGCUACUGGAACGCUCAGCCCCCGCUCCAUUAUCCAGCCUACGCGUUACGUGACGCGCCACAUGAAGCGUCAGGUGACGGUCAUCGAGGCGUCUGCGACCGACGUCGACCCCAUCAACCAGACUGUUACCUUCGCAGGCAAGUACUUCCAAAACACCUCUGAGGUACAAGGUCUCGUCUCAUCAACAACCAUGAAGUACGACUACCUUGUGUACGCCGUCGGCGCCGAGACUCAGACAUUUAACAUCCCCGGAGUACGAGAAAACGCAUGUUUCAUGAAAGAGCUCGAUGAUGCGGAGAAGAUGCAGCGCCGUUUCCUCGACUGCGUUGAAUCUGCUGCGUUCCCUGGCCAGAGUAAGGAGGAGGUUGAUCGUCUUCUGCACAUGGUUGUCGUUGGUGGCGGUCCCACCGGUGUCGAGCUGAGUGGCGAGCUCCAUGACUUCCUCGAAGAUGACCUGCGCUCGUGGUACCCCGAGCUUGCAGACAGCAUCAAGAUCACGCUCGUCGAGGCACUGCCCUCCGUGCUGCCCAUGUUCAGCAAGCAGCUGAUCGACUACACAGAAAGCACCUUCAAGGCGGCCAAGAUCGAGAUCAUGACCAAGACGAUGGUCAAGGAGAUCAAGGAGAAGAGCGUCGUCCUCCAGAUGCCCGACCGCACCGUCGCCGAGGUGCCGUGCGGCAUGGUCGUCUGGGCCGCCGGCAACACGCUCCGCCAGGUGACGCGCGACCUGAUGGCGAAGCUGCCCGCGGAGCAGACGAACCGGCGCGGGAUCUCCGUCGACGAGUCGCUCCGGAUGAACGGCGCCCAGGGCGUGUUCGCGAUCGGCGACUGCACCGCGACGAGCUACGCGCCGACGGCGCAGGUCGCCGCACAGGAGGGCGCGUACCUCGCGCGCGUCUUUCGCCAGCUCGCGCGCCGCGACCGCCUCGCCGAGGAGCUCGACGACGCGCGCCGCGUGCCCGACGACAGCGCCGAGAGGAAGGCGAAGGUCGAGGGCCUCGAGCGACAGGUCGCCAAGGUCGAGAAGAUCCGGCCGUUCAAGUACUCACACCAGGGCUCGCUCGCGUACAUCGGGAGCGACAAGGCGAUCGCGGACCUGCCCUUCUUCUCGAGUGGAAACCUCGCGACGGCGGGCGUGGCGACGUACCUCUUCUGGCGCAGCGCCUACCUGAGCAAGCUCUUCUCGCUCCGCAACCGUGCGCUCGUCGCGACCGACUGGAUCAAGGUCAAGAUCUUCGGACGUGACGUCUCUCGCGAGUAAGCGCACGGCUGCGCUGUGCUUCCCGACUGCACCCUGCCGAAAGCCGCAGAAACCGACACAAAGCGCAUUCUCUGUAUUACCGGAGAGCCAAAACUUGAGAUUGGGAUCUCCGUUCCCUGCGCACCCUUCCUCCAUCGCCCAUUAAUUAUGUAGCGCCACCACAAUACCUCACGGCUUAAUGAACAUGCAUACAGACAUACAUAGAUGGUCCUUCCGCGGCCCUGCUCCGACCCUGCCUCUCCUUUACAUCUUUUUUUUGCCGCUUUACCCUUGGCUUUGGCUGGUUCUUCUUUUAAUGAGCCUUUUGAUAUAGACAAUACAUGAUAGACGUGUCCACGG